CUUUGUUUUAUUUUAUUUUAUAUAAAGUAAUUUUAUUUUUAUUUUAUUUUAUUUUUUUUUUUCGCUUAUCUGAUUUGGUUAAUACUCUCUAGGCCGUAUACAAUUUUUGAAUUUACUGCAAAAAAAAAAAGGGAGAAGCCAAUACAAGCAUAGACAAAGCCUAAGAAGGCCCGAGAAAUAGAAAACUUGGGUAUAAUUGAUGAUACUGAUGAUCUUGGGUAGCGUACUACAGCAAAAAAUAUGACGGCUUUUGAAGAUCUACCGGGAGAUAUAAUCACUGAAAUCUUUAGGUAUUUUGAUCAAGAGCAACUAAGUCGAAUGACUAGCUUAUUCGAAACUGAGUUUGAACAAGAGAAUGAAAUAUACAAGAUUCUCGAGACUGUAAAACACUCAAGAAUCAUUGUCACCAACUGUUGGCAUGAUCUGCUAGUUUUGUUGAUUAGAGCCAAAAAAAUUGUUCCUUGUGAUCAAUUACCCAAAUAUAUUGUAUGGUCCUUUGAAGAGUUUCUUGCAAAAUCAGAUGAUUUAAGAUCCAAGUACUAUUUGCAAUUCAAAUGCCCCAAAAAGAUCAUUUACGCUUUUGGUGACAACCCCCAAUAUGAGCCAGAAGUCUUCAAAAUGCUAAGACAUUUUUCGAAAUUCUUAAAACAAGCACCUUCUAUGCUUCGUCCAAUUUCCAGAGAGAUCAACAUUUUCUUUUCUGAAAAUGAAUCAAUAUUUUCGGAAAUGCAGCAUGAUGUUAACUCUACAUUUUUCAAUAGAGUUCUUCAGUCUUAUCCUAUUAUGACUCAUUUAGAAAAUUUAAGACUCGAAUCCGAUUGUCAACCUUUUAAUAAUGUCAAAGAUUUUAGUUGUCUUCAUAAAUUUACUGCUUUGAAGUCGUUGACUCUUUCAAAUUUGAAUUUUAAAGAAUCUCCAAAUUUAAUUUUACCCCAAUCUCUUAUUAAGUUAAAGAUUUUGAAUAGUUCAAUUAAAUCUAUCCAAGGAUGGGUAUUUCCUUCAAAAUUGAAAGCACUCGAUUUAUCUCGUAAUGUCAUGACAGCAAUAAAUGGAAGCAUAUUACCUCCUUCCUUGAAAACUUUAAUCUUACAACAAAAUAAGUUGGAUACUUUUGAAUCACUUCCAAAUUCUUUGAGUGAACUUGAUAUGUCCUUGAACAACUUCUCCGAUCUCGAUUUCGAUGUUCCAACUGAACUUAAAAUCCUUUAUACGGAUUGGGCUCAAUAUUACUUGAUGCCUAAAAUAUUACGUCGUAAACUCAUUAAUCAAAGAGUUCUCAUUUUACAUUAG